UCUGUGCAGGUAGAUCUAGCUAUGGCAGUUCUCUGGGUCAUGGUUUGUUUCUCUUUGCUGCACGUCGUCUUUACAUCAGCUGGUCAGAGAGAAGUGUUCAUUAAGCCAAUAGUUCCAGCUACUUGCAACUCAAGCUCAUCAUGCCUCACUUUUGCUGAGAUUGUUGAGAACAAAACACUCGCAAGUAAUGUGUUCACAUCCAAUACAACGUUAGUGUUUCUACCAGGCGACCAUGAAAUCGAUUUAGGACAAAAGCUUUUUCUCAGAGUUGAAAAUCUCAGCGACCUCAUUUUUGAAGGCAGGGGAGACUUUGAAGCUGGUUUUCAAGGGCAUUUGGUACCCAAAACAAGAAUCAAUUGUUUGUCACCGUUUGGACUUGCUUUUCUGAAUAUCUCCGGACUAUCGUUUAUUAAUCUCACGGUUAGUGGUUGUGGAGUAACUAUUUCACAAGACCUUAAGGAUCAAGCAUUCUCAAUACAAACACAAGGUGUCCAUGAAAUUGGCUCUCAACAAAAAGCUGCAAUAUUUCUGAUCAACAUUUUCGAUUUUAGAACUGAUUUUUUCUCAGUUGAAAACAGUGUGGGAUAUGGUCUUUUGGCAGUGAACACACUUGGUGAAACUAUUGUACAAAACUCCGUAUUCUUUAGCAACAACAAUUAUACACAGUUCGAGGAUGGCUGCUUCUUCCCUGAAGACAUUCCAGAAGAUAUCAUAGCAUGUAAUGGUGGAAAUGCAUUAUUCGUUUACGAAGACGCACCAUCUUGCCCGGAAUUGCCUCUGCAAUUCUCUUUGACCAUUUGCAAUACUCUCUUCGCCCUUGGAACAAACAUUAAUGGUGGAACUUUGCCUGAUUUGACGUUGAGUAGAGGAACUGGUUUGGGUGUGAUUUUAAGUCAGAGUUCGUACGGUGUCACUGUUAAGUUACAGAGUGUGAUUAGUUUUGGUAACGGAGCACUUGUUGGAGCAAAUCUUUACUUUGCCUUCUAUGAAACAGUUGAGAAUUCUACCAUUUUCAUUCAAGACAUGCUCAGUUCCACUGGCAACAACUACCUCCUGCGUGUGGACAACUUUUUGCAGAUAAGUGCUGGUAAUUCUGCUGGUUUAUUCUUUGACUAUGGUAUCACAAUCCCUCCUAACUCACCUUCUCCUGUCUGUCUUCCCAGUUUCACAGAGGAGCAGAGAAAUGUGCUCGAACUUUAUAACUGUACUUUUCAUAACAACACAGCCAUUACUGGCGGUGGUAUGUACAUCCAGGUAGCACCUGUAUUGCAAACAAGUUUGGCUCUUGCAACAGUGAGGAUAGUUAUCAGUAAUACUACAUUUUCUGCGAAUUCUGGAUUAACAGGUGGUGCUCUGUUUGCUAUUGAGAUUUCAUCAAUCGGAGUUCAACAACAGAGUGAGAUUGUUUUGAAUAACGUAACUUUUAUUGGAAACGGCUUUAUCACCUCAGCCAACGAUGUAACAAGUUCAAUUCAACUUGAUGGGUUGACGUUUAGUGCUAUUACAGCAUCGAUUCUUUCAAACAUGACAUUGAUCAAUUGCAAGUUUCUUUACAAUCAAGGAUCAGCCAUUGAUGCUUAUGACAGUUACUUGUAUUUUUCUGGGAAUAUCACAUUCGAUUCAAACUCAGCAGUUGACGGAGGUGGAUUGCGAUUAGAAGAUUCUUUCAUUUACCUCGAUCAAAAUACACGAGUGAAUUUCAUUAACAACACUGCUAUAGGUUUGGGUGGUGCAGUUAAAGUAGUUACUCGUGAAGAUAUUACUCUACCGUGCUUCUUUCAACCCAUGAACUCUGUCAAUGUUACAAACUCAAAUAUCAGAUUGUAUUUUGAAGGAAACUUUGCUAACGAGGCUGGAAGUGUACUAUAUGGUGGCUCAAUUGACGAAUGUAUCAUUGUUUCCAGAACACGACAAAACUCCACUUUUAUCUUAGAUACUAUUGUUGAGAUUGGACCUCACAGUAACAAGACCUCGCUAAUUUCAUCUCCUCCCACAUCUUUGUGCGUUUGCGAUAAUGGUUCUAUCUUUUGCGGUAACGAUGCCUUUACAAGGGUGGACAUUUUCCCUGGUGACACGUUCAUUAUAUCCGUAAUAGCCAAGGGGCAAAGAGACGGUAUUGCACCUGCAACCAUCUAUACUCGCAGUGCGUUACAACUAUCUCCUGAAGAUGAAAUUCACCGUGUUGGAAAAGAAUGCACAGAUCUGAUGUUUUCCUCUGUUACAAGAACAGGCACUAUUCUGCUCAGUACUGGCAAGUACAUUGCUAUCUCAAGUGUUUUAAUCGAUGUCAAUGCUCUGGAUUGUCCUCUUGGUUUUGAACUAGUCAAUAAUGACUGUGUGUGUGAUGCAACACCUCAGAUUCUUUCGUACAGCCUUGAGUGUAACCUUAACGACCAAACUGUGCAUAGAGAUGGUGGUACAUGGAUUAAUGCAUCGUUUGUUGAUCUAGAAUCCAUGCCAGUUGCGAGUGGAGUAAUAAUUCAUUUUUAUUGUCCAUUUAGGCAAUGUUUAUCUGAAGGCUCUGAAGUCAACCUCGAUGAUCCUGAUAGUCAGUGUGCUUUUAAUCGUACAGGAAUUCUAUGUGGUGCUUGCAAACCAGGCCUUAGUCUAACACUCACUUCCCCAAGGUGCCUUAAGUGUACAAACAACACAGUUGCCUUGGUAUUGGUGUACUUAAUAGCUGGUAUUCUUUUAGUUGCAAUUCUCUUUGCAUUUAAGCUACAUAUUUCCGAAGGCACUCUAGGAGGUGUUAUCUUUUACGCUAAUAUGGUCCGAACCAACAUGUCUAUCUUGUAUCCUCAAAGUGCUUCAAACACUCUCACUGUUUUUAUAUCUUGGUUGAACCUAGAUAUCGGAAUAGACGCUUGUUUCUAUGAUGGUAUGGAUGCCUAUGCAAAAACUUGGCUUUCUUAUGGUUUUCCGUUGUACCUUUGGCUAAUUGUUGCAGCUAUCUACAUAGCUAGCCGUUGGUCUCUGAGGAUUUCAAAGCUGUGUGGUUCAACUACAGUGUCUGUACUUGCCUCAUUGUUUCUAAUGUCUUACAACAAGCUGCUUAUAGAUGUCUACAUGUCUCUAGCAUGGACUGUAAUCGUUUUCCCAGACAAUGAUUUCAAUGCAGUUUGGAGUUUAGAUGGAAAUAUUCACUACCUUCACGGACGACAUAUUCCCUUGUUUAUAUUUGGAAACAUUGUCUUAAUAUUUUUUCUCAUUCCCUACGUCCUGUUGUUGGUGCUUAUUCCCCUACCUUGCAUUCAAGCUCACACAAACAAACGUUUUCUUUCUUGGGUGAACAAACUGAAGCCUUUUUUCGAUUCUCACUACAGUCCAUACAAGAAUCGCUAUAGAAACUGGAUUGGGGUACUGCUACUGGUUAGAAUUGUUUUCACACUCAUCGUCUCGAUUAACAUUUUCAACGAUACGUCAGUUACAUUAUUGGUUCUCUCCAUUCUAUCGUCACUACUGUUGGCUAUCGCUUGGAUAAGUGGGGGUGUGUACAAAAAUUGGCUGCUGAAUGUUUUGGAGGGUACAUUCUAUCUGAAUCUAAGCCUUUUGUCUGCAUCUGUCUUCUAUGUGCUCAAAACGAAUGGAAAUUUGGAUGGUGCUAUUUACACGUCAAUAUCUAUUGCAUUGAUUGAGUUUAUUGCAAUUCUUUCGUACCAUGUCUGGAAAACACUAUCUAAGCUCAGGAAAGUAAAGCUGCUGAUGAAAAGUAUGCAAUCUAGAAGAAGAAAAGAAGUCGUCGAAAUACAACAUAGCACAAAACUAGCAGACUUAGAAGGAUCGUCAAUGGAAACUAUUUGCUCGCCGUCAAUGACAUAUACAUAUACAGAUCUGAGAGAGCCAUUACUAGAUGAUUCAUAAUUAAUUUUGUGCAAAUAAUUCUAAUUAUGUGAUGAUAAUAAUUUU